UGUAACUGAGUGCUUCUAGAGAAUUUCAUUGCCGCACAACAAAUUGAGAUUGUCUAGGUGAAGUAGGUUCUUAACCGUCUCUGGCACUGACAGCUUGACCUAGAACAUACGUCAGUGUGCGGCAGAUGCUGUUUAGAAUGACUCUCAUAUACACUUCAGAAGAACUUACUGUGCAUGUUGGUAUUAAUGAAUAGCAACUCUUUCUAAAAUGGGCCAGUUUCUAUAUUUUGCCUGAACAUUCACUAAAGAGUUAGGGUUAAACAGUGUUUUGUUUUUUCUUUUAAAUCCACACCUGGAUGAUAGCCCUCUUACCUAAGUGGCUUGCUGAUACUGUGCCAUUAGCUGCUCAGAUUUUCAAAGCUGCCUAUUCAUCUGUCUUACCAAUAAAAUACCUUCAUUUAAGCAGCUUCCACUAUACAACAAAGAUCACAUCUGAGCUCUGCCACAGGACACAAUGGUAUUCUGUGAUCUAAUAACAUUCCAGGAAUGUUGAUCUGGGUGUCACUCCAAAGCCUAAAAUGUCUGAGUCCCAUGUGAAGUGAUGGAAGCAGCUUCUAGCAUGGUUGAGAGCUUUUUCCUUUUUUGCGUGUGUUCAGAAUAUCACCAGGUUGAAUCAUCAUUGAAUUUCAUGGUCUGUUACCACCCAGUUUUCAAGUUCUUGACCAUUUUAUCUUCUGAAUUCCACUUGUGUGGCAUACAGUUGCAGUAAGGCCUGUACCGGGUAACUUUAAUAUGCAAAGCAUCUUAGACCACUGUGAUAGCGGUUAACCCCACGAAAGGCCCUUAUUCUACAGCUAAUUUGCAUGCAACAGUCCCAUUGGUUGUAAGAAGGAGACUACAUAAAUGGUGAAUUACUUUGCUCAGCUGCCAUACCCAUGCACUCAGUUGACACCUGCACAAAUCCCCUAGAUACAAAUCAACACAACCACCUGCAAAACAAGCAGCAUACAAAAUUGCCCCUUGUAACAGCACACACCCCUCAUUCACCACCCCCCAGAGCUACACAACACAACCAAUACACACAAUUACCCCAAACACACACACUCCUCACUUAACAUCCACACAAAUCGAUGCCUCUCCUAUUGCAACAUACACAUUCACUCAUCCUUACCAUAAAAAUGAUAAACUUGAACAGCAAACCAUGGAUCCAUCACUAGUAUAUAAAUACAGCUUAUACAAUUACUGAAGACACUGAACAAAGCAACAAGUAGAAAUAUAAAAAGUUACUGGUUCCGGAGUUCUCUGUUCUACUGAGCCGCUUCUUGACUCUGUUCUGCACAACAGAAGUAUUUGAAAUAUUACAAAGGGAGAAAUAAGUGCAACUGAUGACUUCUACAGACUCUUCAAUGUUAAAUGAACUUAAACAGCAGAAAAAGUAGCUCAAGGAAACAAACCAAUGGGUAUACUUUUAAUGGUGUAUGAAUACAGAUCAAAAUCAGUCUCCUUUGACAUCUGUGGCAAGAACUUCCACGAGGUAGUCUUCUAGCCUAGCAUAUCUGCAUGCAUAUGUGAGGAGAACCUUACAAGUGUCCUUAUUGUGACCUGAGACAUUGCAUUAAUACAUGUUAGGGAACGAAACCCAUGAAAUAUGCCAACUCAACCUCUUUUAGUGUAUAUGGAGGGACCAGAUGGGAUAGCCAGUACUGUUGGUGCUCAGAUGGAGAAUAAUGAUGCCUCGAUGCCGAUAAAAGGGACCAACACAAUUUCUUACAAAAACGUGCAAGAAAAGUUCUUGAUGCAAGCGGAGGGGUGUAUGCCUUCGGAUUGCAUGUUUUGUGAUCAGACUUUUAAACAUCCUGAAGAACUUGGUAAGCAUGUCUUAACUCAACAUAGACCAACGCUUUGUGAACCAGCAGUUCUUCGUGUCGAAGCAGAAUAUCUUAGUCCUCUUGAUAAAUGUCAAGUUAGAACAGACUUGCCAUCAUCAAAAAACAACGAAAAGGACAAUGAAGAAUUUAGCUGUGAGGUUUGUGGGCAAACAUUUGAUGAAGCUUUUGAUGUUGAGACUCACAUGAAAAAGCAUAAGGACUCUUUCACAUAUUGGUGUAAUGUAUGUGGAAGAAGAUUUAAAGAGCCUUGGUUCCUCAAAAAUCACAUGAGAACUCAUACUGGUAAACCUGGUUCAAGAAAUAAGCUUCAACAAGGUUCUGAAAGCCCAAUAACAAUAAAUGAGGUGAUACAGGAGCAUGUAACUGAAAAUGUAACAUCACCUUACAAAAUCUGCAUGGUUUGUGGUUUUCUAUUUCUCAAUAAAGAGAACUUAAUUGAGCACAGUAAAGUGCACACCAAAGAGUCAGCAUCCAAUGAUAGCUCACAAAUCACUGAUGGAACCAAUAAAGGAGUGGCUCAGAGAGAAGAAUUUCUGCAAUUUUUGAACUUAAGACCAAAUGUGACUCCAGAAAAGAGUAAAUCAGAAAAACCUGUGAAAUGGAUAGCUGAAUUGGAUCCAUUCAAUACAUAUCAAGCAUGGCAGCUUGCAACCAAAGGUAAAGUUGCUAUUGGCCAUGGACAGAUUAAAGAACCAGGGCAAGAAGGAAGUACAGACAAUGAUGAUUCAUCAUCUGAUAAAGAAGAGCUUGGUGAAAUUUGGAAUACAAAUAAAGGUAGCCAGGUUAGUCAGACUGAAAAUAUUGGGAAGUCAAAGGUAAAUAAAAAUAGCAGUUGUCCAGGAAAUGGUACCCUGUCUCAAGACAAACUGAAACAUCCCAGUGGUGAAGUGCCUUCUAUGGAGGUGGAUCCUAAAUUGUCACAAAACAAAGAGAAACCAACACACUGCUCAGAGUGUGGCAAAGCCUUUAGAACAUACCACCAGCUAGUUCUUCAUUCAAGAGUACAUAAGAGAGAUAGGAGGACUGAUGCAGAGACUUCAGCCACUUCUAGAACCUGCUGUGCAGACUUAAUUGUAACCCUACAUGAAAAUGGAGUAGUAGACCGAACAGAGGGAGGCUCUGAAGAUGGAUCUGAAGAUGGACUAUCAGACACAUUUCAUUUGGAUAAAAAUGAAGAUGGCUUGGAAAGAGCAAGAGUUAAAAACCUUGGGGCGUCCAGAGAAUGCAGCUAUUGUGGAAAAUAUUUCCGCUCAAAUUAUUACCUCAAUAUUCAUCUCAGAACUCAUACAGGUGAAAAACCAUACAAAUGUGAAUUUUGUGAGUAUGCAGCAGCCCAAAAAACAUCAUUGAGGUAUCACUUAGAGAGGCAUCACAAGGAGAAGCAGGCCGAUGUUGCAACAGAUGUGAAAAGUGACAGCAAAGUUUUGUUACAGAGUCAGGAGAUGGACCUCCUGUCAGCCACUGACGGUGCUCAAGAAAUCAAAAACUUGAAAAGGUUUAUUGAUGGUGCCAAAGAUGCAAAGGGCUGCCCACCUGUAAAGCAACAAAAAGAGAUAUUUUCUUCCUUUCAGAGCAUAUUGAGUUGUCCAGUUAUCUUGACCAUGAAAAAUGAUACUCAGGACUCAAAGAAGAGUGCAGUUGGUAAUAGCUCAAAUCAAAUGAAUGAGAACUCAGGUGCUCCUUACCUGGAAAAGCUAAAAGCAGAGGAAGAAUUAAUGGAAUCGCAGGCAAAUGAUCCCAUUGAUAAAAAAGAGAGAGAUGCUUUAGUGACAUUGGAAGGAGAUGAUAUCCAGUUGAUUGGUGCCUUAAAGGACAAAAAUAACAUGGAAGAAAUGAGAGAGAGCACCGAAAAAUGUGCAAACAAGCAUAUAGUGGGCUCUCAAGAAAAGCCGUUAAAUUUAUCUACUGGGACAGUGCAAGAAUGUUCAGUGAUCUCAACUGCUAGAGGCUUGUUAGCAACCAGCACCUGCCCAUUUUGUACUUAUAGAACAUUUUAUCCAGAAGUCCUAAUGAUACACCAGAGAUUGAUGCAUAAAUACAACCCUGACACUGUUAACAAAAAUGGUUACAGAAACAAGGCUUUGGCUAAAGCCAGGCGUACUGGAUGCCCACCAGCUCUUCUUGGUAAAGAUGUGCUUCCCCUGUCUCUUAACCCUAAUAAAAGUAAGGCUUCCCUAUCUAUGCAACCAAAACCGUUGCAUACAGAGAAGGCUAAACAGUGUCCCCCUCUACGGAGCAAAGUCCCUGUUUUUUCAAUGGUAGAUUCCAGCAGUUCAACACCAAGUAACUUGAAGUCUUACAAACCACAAAGCAUUGGAGCUCAGGCGAGUAGCUGUCAGCAACCACAGCAAGAUUUGCACUCAAAUCCUAGCAUUUCUUCAGUAAUGGAUAGAGUAAAAAAAGGUGAACCUAAAGCAAAAACUCUAAAUAUAUCAGUUUCUCAACCUGUUGUAGUCAGUAGCAGUAUCAAUAGCUCCUAUGAUUCUCCCCUUAAUGAAUCUGCCUGGUUCAGUAAUCGAGGAAGAGAAUAUCUCUGCAAUAGAUCUGCGGGUCACAUAAACUUAGAAUUUGGUGAACCAUCUUCUAAAAGAGUGAAACCUAAUCUGUUAGCUCUUGAACACAUUGACUCUGCAAGAGUUAAUUACAGAAGAUACGACAUGAGCAGAUCUCGUGUUGCAAACAGAUAUGCAAAUCUGUUACCUCAGGAAUGUUCACGUGCCAAACCUGCAUCCUCUGUUUUGCCAACCAAACAAGGGCUUCUGAAUUCAGAUGAAGUUGAUUCCCGAAAUGUACUGACUAUUCUGAAAACCUAUGAGCCGUAUAGCCCUGGACCACUUUAUGGUUCUUUUGGACCUAGCAAUGGCCAAGCUACCAGCUCUCCAAUAGAAGGAAAAAGGCCGGUGUCAUACCAACACUUAGCUAACAGCAUGCUACAAAAGCGAAGUUAUGAGAGUUUUAUUGGCAAUGCACGUUUUCGACCAAAUGACAAGAAAACUUGAUUAUUUACUUCAAGAAAUGGUCUGAGGACGCAAAUCCAUAUUUUAUGGAGUUAUUACUUGCAGUUCAUCCCUUGAGAGAAAUGAAUGGUGAAAGCUACUGAACUAAGCUGUGAUUGUACUGUAUAUAAAAACACUACAGUUUUAUAAUAUUGGUUCUGUUAACAUUUGUACCAAAUAGCCAUAAAAAAUUGUAGUCUGAACAGUUGGGUUAUAAAGGUGUGGAGAAUGUGUAUCUCAAUGUUGGUCUUGAAUAAUAUUUUUCUUUAGAAUUAAUUGACCAAAUAUUUGGUAGGAAUUAUAUUUUUACAUACUUGAGCACUGCUGAAAAGAGAUCCUGUUUGAAAUAGUAUAUAAUUCUUGCACCUCAGGUAAAUUCUCUGUAAAUAUCUAAGCAUGUUGAUUUAAAUACUGUUCCUUUUUCAUACAGGUGGCAGUUUCUCGUAUUGCAUUUUUCUGCUAUAACUGUUAGAUCAUUUGAAAAAGUUAUUUAAAAACUAUGACAUUAAAUUGUUCAGUUUAGAAGUAUUGUGAUCAUCCUAGCUAAGGUGCUAACUCUUGGCUGUUCAAUCUUGCACAUACUAGGACCAUAAUUUGUUGAAGCAAACUUUGCUUCUGUUGAAUUGAUGUUUCCAGCAUCUUACCUUUAAAAAGCAAGAGAGAGAAGCAGUUCUUGUCACUAUCCUGUGCAAGAUCUUUCAUAGUGUUCCUGGGACAGUCAGAAUUCUCUCCUUUAUGUUAAGUUCAUAGUCUCAUAGAUGAACUCUCCACCAACAGUUAAACUCUUAAUAGCAGAGUGUACAGAGGACUCGUGGGACAAACAGGAAAUAUUUGAAUACUUCAAGUGUUUUUAGGUUUUUACCAAAUGUAAUACACACUUUCACUUAGGAACAACAUAGUAUCUUUAUUUCUGCGUCAUUUGGUCCAGACUCAAAAAUAACAUAUGUAACAGGCUUACAAUAAAAACAUAGGGAACUACAAAGUUUUCUUAAGGGGAUGUGGCUUAUCAUGGCUUGGUCUACUUGACUGUGCUCAGAAGCUUCUUGAUAUCCCUCUAGCAUCUUAAUUACAAACUGGAGUGUUGGAAGUAUACUAAGGAACAGUCUGCUAUGGGAGAACUUUGUUCUUGUAUUUUUAUGAAGACAGCAAGAGUUUUUUCUAAUGCACAUGCAAUUAAAUUUACAGGAGGAUAGCCAGAUAUCAGCCAGUUGAGCUGUUGCAUAUUUUGACUUUGUUUCUACAUAAAGCCUGUAAUUGAGACUUGAUUCUUCUGUACCUAGUUUUGACUUCCAUAUAUCUUAGUUUAAAAAAAAAUUUUUUUUGCACUGUUCAUUUUGCUCUUUGCCCCUCAUAUAGCAAUUGUAAAAUAGCCAAGCAUAGAAAUUCUUGUUUUCAUUAUGCAACUUGAGACAUUCUAGUUGUGUGGCUAGUUCCUGUAGUUUAAAUGGAAUCUAAUUUUAAUGUCUCUGUAAACUGGCAAUGUAAUGAAGUGCUGUGUAUCAGGAAAUUGUACACUAUUUACUUUUUUCCUGUUCAUAAGCUGAGCCAUAUGUACAUAAUCUAUAUUGUUUUCCUAGUUUUGCACUUUUAUAGCUUAUUUUUUUGAAGAUGAAUUCACUUGGAAGAUGGCUAAUCUAUUUUUGUCUGAUCUUUCAAUGAGUCUUAUAGAAUGCAUGCUGUAACUGUCUUUAUACAUCUUAAGCGGAUAUGUAAUUAAAAAUUCCACAGGGCUGCAUUAAAAACAAAAUCUGAAUUGCCAAAUCUGUCUUUAAAAGAAUCUUUUUCAUGCUGGUACACUUUUUUUUUUUUUUUCCUUCAAGUUUUUAUUUUUUGGCCUCUUCCCAAAUCUCUUGGGAAUGGAUUAGAAAACAAUGUACCCAAAGAUUUGCCCAUUUCAUGGAGUUACAACCCUGUACUUCAAAGUACACUUUUGUCCAUCAGUAUUAACUAUUGGGAUACUACUGGUUUUUAUGUUUCUUUGGAGAGAACAGUGCAUAUAUAGAGGUACAAGUUGUUGAUUUUGUUUUGUAAUAUUUAUUUCAUUCCAUUUUGUCUGAUUUUUU